AUGAGUCGUCAAUCUUCCUCCAGAGACCAUCUACGUCGGUCUGACUAUGACAGCCUCGACCAAAGCCAAGAAGUCGAAAAUGUGGAAAUGCAAAGCCUCCGACCCGAAGGUUCUCUAAUCAUCCAAAAUGUCUCAAGCAGCCCAAGCGACAGCCCAAUGACAAUAGGCUUUGCUGUCUGGCUGGCCAUCGCCACAUCCUUUCUCGUCUUGGUAGAAGCCGUCGUCUUUUUACCAUGGCUCUGGUUCGAGGACAGGAAAUCAGAGCCUUGGCGAUGGCUCAUGCUCAGUGGGCGAGCAACCCAGUCAAUCACACUGAUGAGUGUUCUUAUAAGAUGGGCCAUCGGUACUCUCGCUGCUAUCACGACAUCUACGGCUGCAUCAAUUGCACUGGAAAUUCAUGGCGUACCAAUGUCAGCUGUCGCAGAAGUAUCCAUUGCCCGCUUCACAAACAGCGGACCGCAAUCGUUGAAGAAAAUGCUUCCUGGUGCAACAUUCAGACCUUGGCUUCGCAUCCUCAUGAUCUGUCUUUUUGCGCUCGUUGGGGCUUCACAGUUCGCGUCUACCUUGCUAGUUUCUGAUCUUCGAGGACUCACCAUUCUAUCGUUAAAGAAGAACAUGACUUAUGGAUUCAACUUUGGAGUGAUAAAUGACUCUACAUCCCCAGAUUUGAGACCUCUACCUAUAAGAAGAAACCAUUUAGAGUACUGGAAUAGAGUCCCGUCUCAAUUUGAGAUAUUCGCAGAAUAUUCAGAACCUGGAGAGUCGUCUGAGGAGUUGGACGACACUGGAACAGUCUUGAGAGCCUUUCUUCCGAUUUCAACCAAGGCUCAGAGGGAGUCUAUCCAGUCCUUCAACGGCAUUGCUCGAGUUAUCGACACUCAAGGCUGGGCAUUAAACCAUGCGGAAGGAUAUCGCUUUAAACUAUUGGCCGAUCUAUCAUCCAUAGAGGAUAGUGAGCUAUCUUUUGAGUCAGAGACAACAAAUGCUACCUGGACUCUUCUGAACUCGAGCAAUUCUGGCCCCUGGGCUCAGCAGUGGAACCAAGUGAAGCUCAGAGACGGAGUCAAGACAAGAGAUGAAUACAUACAGAUCACAUUGUGCUUAGGGCCUGAGCUUACAUCGGAGGUCGAGCACCUUAAAAUAACAGCAAAUACUACUUCAAGCCUGACUGAGCCCGAUUAUAAAUUCGACAUAAGAAGUAAUGAGUAUGAUACUUCUGAUAUUCUAAGACAGCUCGGCGCUGCUGAGCAUGCUGAAUCAGAGUCUUCAAGAGAGGCUCCAGAGAACGACAACUGA